AUGCAUCCUCGGUCGCGACACUGGUACCUCCCGGAUUAUGUCCUCGUCCGGAGGCGGAACCAGCCGGACAUGACGGUGAUAAAGUCGACCGCGCGUCCCGACGAGUGGACCGACCAUCGCCUCGACAUCUCAAAGAUGAGUAUACGUCAAAAGCCUAGCAGGAGACCUCAAGGUAAGCGACCCCCAGGUAAGCUGAAUACUGAUUUGUUGUCUUCGCCUGCUCAGCAUCCCCACUUCAGUAAUAAACCAGCUAAAAGCCUAGUCGAAAUUCCUGACACCGCCGCCUCCGCCGAAGAGAACGCCUCUGUAGAGAACCGACGGUGUCAAGUGAGGGACACGGUCCAGUCGAUGGUCCUGGCCGUCCUCGUUCGCGUUCGUCGCCAACAUCAGGACUGGUUCGACGAAAAUGACGCCGUCUUUAGGAAUCUUCUCAUCGAGAAAAAUCGACUGUACAAAGCCUACGUCAACCGCCUCACCGACGACAGCAAAGCAGUCUUCUGCCGCAGUCGCAGCCUUGUGCAGCAGCGACUGCGUGAAAUGCUGGACGCUUGGACGACUCGCAACGCAGAGGUGAUUCAAUGAUACGCCAAGAGCAAUAAAUGGAAUGAUUUCUACGUCGAAAUCAAGACUGUGUACAGUCCCACACUCAGAGGCAUCGCUCGUCUUCUCAGCACCGACGGAACUACCCUACUCAAUGAAUUGACGAAAAUUCUGCAGCGAUGGGCAAAGCACUUCAGAGGCGUCCUCAACCUCCGUUCCACCAUCUCUGACGCUGGCAUCGGCCGUCUGCCUGAAGUGGUGGCCGAAGCUGAUCCCGUUCUUCCGCCCUCUCCACACAAAACCAUCAAGGCCGCGAAGCAGCUCAGCGGCGAGAAAACGCUCGGAGCGGACGCGAUCCCUGCUGAGAUCUACAAACACAGAGAACCUCAAAUUAUGGGUCAUCUGAAAACGCUCUUCCAGGAGAUGCGGCGUCGAGGGGAAGUCCCUCAACAUUUCAAGAAUGCCACAGUCGUCCAUCUCUGUAAGCGAGAGUGUAAUCUCCAAAUCUGCGACAACCACAGAGGAAUCUCCCUCCUCAACAUGUGGAAUAAGGUCUCCAGCCGGAAAUCCAGUGCGGCUUCUGCCGUCAUCGCGCCAUCACUGACAUCAGCUUCACCACCCGCCAUCUACAGGAGAAGAGUCAGGAGAUGCGGAUCCACUUUUACUCUACCCUCGCAAAUCUGACGAAAAUCCUUGACACGGCGAAUCGCGAAGGACUGUAGAUGAUCAUGCAGAAUAGCGCCUGUCCCGACUGAUUUGCUCAAAUAGCGCGUCAUCUCAACGAAGGUAUGACGGCGCAUGCCACUGACAGUGUAGCCGUCUCAGAGACAUUCUUAGCGUCCAACGGAGUCAAGCAGGGCCGUCUCCUCUUGCCAGCCCUCUUCAGUCUCAUGUUGUCUGCCACGCUAAUGGACGUUUACCGUGAUGAAUGCCCCGAGAUCCGCUUUGCCUACAGGACGGUCAGACAACUCCUCAAUCAGCGACGGAUCCCUUUGCGAUCGCAUAUCUCUACAACUACGCCAACGAACUUCUAUUACCCAACGACUGCGCACUCAGCGCCACCUCGAGUGGUCAGCAAAAGGGAGGAGGCGGCGGUUAUGCAUCAACCGCCAUCCAAGCCUGGCCACAACACACUCAAAAUCAUCAUGAAAAGAGCUCAACUGCACCCUUGCUCGCAACGUCAUGAUCGGCGAUGA